AGGCAAUCAGUCGUAGUCGUAGCUAGAUCCAGUGUAAUGAAUAUUUAUUUACGUUUAGUGGAAAGAAAAUGUAUACAAAAAUAAUAUUCCUUCUAUUAGUCUGUGUUUUUGGAAAAUCUGCCGGUCAGUUCCGAUGUUAUGCGUGCGGGUUUUCAUCAGUGGACACCGACUUAUCCUGCCUCACGAUAACGAACACUACACGUAGGGUCGAGUGUCGAUACCAGUAUUGCACAAUCAUGCGUCAGGAGUUUAUUGACCCCUCUGGCGUCGUGGCCAGCUUCUUACGUGGUUGCGAAGAUGCGCCAGAUUACCUCAAUCAUGAAGUGACGGAUACUACAUUUCGAACAUUUUAUCGAGCUUGCACCAAUGAUCUUUGCAAUAUUGGUAACGGGAUAGAAUCAGUGGUAGGUGGAACGCUGUCACCGAAUCCACCAUUCACUGGACAAAACCUUCUUGUGCCAGGGACUGGAAGCGCAAUCACGAGACAGAUUAAUACACUCCUAUUAUUUUUUGCUAUUGGUUUUAAACCAAACAUGACAACGUCGCCCACCAGAACCAAGCAAAAAUUAUCCCUUCGAAAACGAUUGUUCGUGAAGAAAUCACCUAAAGUUGGCUGCUAUGUUGAUACAGAUUCAAAUGAUGAAUUUGGUCAGUCGCACUCUCGCCCUAUGUCCCCAGCUGAUCCCUUUAUAGCACAAAGUGCACAUUACUCGGAGGCAUGCGUGGAUAAUUAUCAACAUCGUCAGAAUUCAAAUAGUGAACAGGCUAGUGAUAGUUCCAUCCAAAGCAACCAUCGCCACUGCAAUGACGACGAGAGCAACCAAAAGUGUUGUAAAACCUUCUUUAGAAGAUCUCGACCUAAGAGUUUGAUGGAACCCCAAUCUUCUAAAGAAGAUUCAGUAUCAAGGCCAAGCAGUCCAGUAAAUAACUCCAGCAACAAUAGUUUAAGCGAUCACACAGUAUCCCAAACUAAAAGUGAAGAGAUACCUAAAGUAACUGUUAAUUUUCCAAAAAGUGAUGAUGUAAAAAAGUAUUUUGAACAUUCAGGUUCAUUUGAAGGUAUCAAACCAAAGAGUAAGUUAUUUGUUAAGAGGCUAUCAGCAGAUCAUUUGAUAUCUAAUGAGUCCAAACCAUUGUACCGUUCAUCAUCUCCGGAAAGUGAUAGAAGCAGCUCGCUAGAUCGUAAACGAAGGAGCAAGUCAACAAUCACAAGGUCAGCUUCUCGUGCGGGGAGCACUGACAGCUUGGUUCGCAAUUCCCUGCUUGCUGCACAGGUCCUGAGGCUUAUACCUACGCAGGAGGCAAAAGAGAGGAACUAUUUAUAUGGAAGAUUAGCAUCCCAUUCACUGUUAGGUGCAGCGGAAUUAGAACAUGUUUUUCCUGAUAGAGAAGUAAGAAUAUUUGUGGGUACCUGGAAUAUGAAUGGACAAGCACCACCAAGGGAGCUGGCAGAUUUUAUUUUUCCCAACCAAGUGGAACAUGUGCCAGAUAUUUUCGCCAUUGGCACACAAGAGUCAUAUUCCGAAAGAACCGAAUGGGAAAUAACAAUACAGGAGGUUUUGGGUCCAUCACAUUUACUACUGCAUUCUUACUACUUAGGUACAAUUCACUUGACAGUGUUUAUACGAAGAGAUCUCAUCUGGUUCUGCUCAUUGCCAGAAGAUGCUAGUCUAUCUGUCCGUCCGGGAACCGCCUUUAGAACUAAAGGGGCUGUUGCAAUAUCCUUCGCCUUAUUUGGCUCUACAUUUCUAUUUGUUACUGCACAUCUGACCGCUCAUCAAGAGAAAGUUAAGGAGCGACUCUCGGAUAUCAAGAGGAUAAUACGGUCAAUUGAUUUGCCGAAAAAUUUGCCGUGCCGGCAUAGAAGUAAAGAUGUUACAAGCAAUUUCGACUACGUGUUCUGGUGUGGCGACCUAAACUUUAGACUGGGCGAACCUAGAGCAGCGGUUUUAAGAUGGAUUGAGCAAACAAAAUUCCCCUUACCCCCCCAUUUACCCCACGGACUUCUGCAUGCAGAUCAACUGACCGUGGUCCUUGAAGAUGGUGCCGCCUUCAGGGAUUUUCAAGAAGCACCUAUCACUUUUCCCCCUACUUACAAGUACGACCCGGGAAGUCAACAGUUCGAUACCUCAAGUAAACAAAGAGCGCCGGCGUAUACUGAUCGCAUACUCUACAAAGCGAGGUCUAUGGGCAACAAUUCGUCAUCCGCAUUUGCAGGAUUCAGGCGUAUAAACAGCCUGCCCACACCGCCGUCUGCCUUAAAAUGCAUCGCUUACAACUCCGUGCAAUCUGUUGUAACGAGCGACCACAAACCUGUAUGGGCGCUUUUCUCAGCUGCUCUAAGACCUGGCACCGAUAUAGUCCCACUGGCGGCCGGUUUGUUCAAUAGGGAAGUUUACUUGGAAGGAAUAAAACGUCGACGCGCACUUCUGGACCACGCGCCCGGAACUUCUGCUGUAUGUAGCCUCCAGUAAUUAUUCACUAUAUAAAAUCAUAUAAUAAUAUGCUCAUAUAAAAUAUUACUUUUUAAAGCUAAAA